UAAGAUCGCGGCAUCUAUGUCCUGGGGAGGAUGGAGUGACUCUGGCUUUUUUCGCCCGCCUGUUGCCAGCCUCUGUGGCGGCACCUGUGGCUCUUGUUUUUCUCCCACACAGGACAAUGCGUUGUUGCAGAGGGCGCUUGGGAGCACGAGCACAGGGCACGUACACAGCAUUAAAGGCCUGUCAAAUCUAUUGAGGGCUCCAAAAUUCCUUUACCUGUCUGCCCAAAUCCACGGUGAACCUGCCUGCCCUGGGCAUGCCUGCCCAUGCUGUAGGGGUUGUUUGGAGAAUUGAGUGAAGGAGGAGCUGGGGCUGGGGCUCUUUGCAGGCUGAGCAAAGGGCAGCCUGUGCUGCAGUUUAAAGUUUCUCUUGAGCAACAGAGUACUGUCUAGCAAUUGCCUCAAGAUGAGUCAGAGAUGUUUCUUCACUCGAGGUGGAAGGUAAAGCCUGGAGGAACUUAUAAAACCCUCCCACCCUCAGUGCCCUGCAGUAGCACUGGCUUAAGGGUAUCCUCCACAUCCCUGGGUUUUGGUGGUUAAGGCGAGGUUGGGAAGAUGACAAAGCUGGAAGACUACCUGGAGGGAAUUAUCAACAUCUACCACCAGUAUUCAGUGCGGGUGGGGAAUUUUGAUACCCUCUCCAAGAGUGAGCUGAAGAGGCUGAUCACAAAGGAACUUACAAACACCCUCAAGAGUACCAAAGAUCAACCUUUCAUUGACAAAAUAUUUAAAGAAUUGGAUGCGGACGGAGAUGGGCAGGUCGAUUUUAAGGAAUUCGUAAAGCUGGUGACCGAAGUGCUGGUGUCAGCUCAUGAUGAACUCCACGACAAGGAGGCGCACUGAGGGACUGUCCCACACACUCCCGGCAAGACCUUCCUUCUGCUCCCCAAUCCUAGCCCUGCCUCAGGGCAGUGAGAGUUAAUAAAAGCU